AUGGAAACUAAUUCCUUAGGACGUAAUCGACAGACACCCGCAGCUAGAAACCACAUCAUCUACACCGAUCACAAAGGAAGAAAGAUCCCUUACGCCGACAAGAUCACCCCAGAACCGAUCCUCAACAACAAUGCGGGUCGAGAUACAAAGGCGGACUCGAUCAGAAACAGUUAUAAUAGCCAAUUCAAAGUUGGCAUUUACGGUUGGCGAAAGAAAUGUCUCUACAUUCUUGUCAUGGCGCUCAUGCUUAUGUUGAUUAUCAAUCUCGCGUUGACGCUCUGGGUUUUGAAAGUAUUGGAUUUCAAUUCGGAAGGAAUGGGACAACUUCGUAUCGUGCCGGGUGGCUUGCAAUUAUUAGGGCAGGCUCUUGUUUUGGACUCGCUGUUUGCAUCUAGCGUAAAAUCCCGACGAGGACAACCUAUUUCAAUCGAAUCAUCUAGAAACUUUACUGUCACAACGCGAGAUGCACUCGGGAUGAUUCAAAGCAGAUUAUUUUUAGGUCAUGACCGCUUAGAAGUCAACGUGGCUAGAUUUGAAGUACGGGAUUCCCGGGGCACAUUAUUACUGGGUGCAGGGCACGACGCAGUAUCAAUCGGGGCAGAAAACCUUGUCGUGGCAAGUCCAGCAGGGGUUACUUUCAAUUCAGCUGUACAGUCGCCACUUGUUAAGGCACCACCCUCUAAGCAAUUAAUGUUGGAAUCACCCACCCGAUCGCUGGAAAUGCAUGCAGCGCAAAGCAUAGCGCUCGAGUCACGCGCUGGUGACAUCAGCGCCAGCUGUCUAUCCACCUUCCGCCUGCGUUCCGUUGCCGGUUCGAUACGAUUAGAUGCUCCAAAUAUAUACAUGCCGAAGUUGAAAUCAGCGUUACCGUUGCCACCUUCAGCAUCACACAGCCACGAUCCACAUCAUCAGAACAUAUACCAGUUAUGUGCUUGUGCUAAUGGAAAAUUGUUCUUAGCGCCUCCCCACGGUGUUUGCGCGGCGAGAGAAGAGAGCUUAAUUUGUCGAUGA